AUGGCAGACCAAGCGUCCGUAAUCCGAAAACAAAUCUAUCCACUACAGCGGCUUCAUCUCUGCCAGGAACCUGGUAUACCAUCAUGCUUCGACAAUGAGCCAAUGUCAGUCCGCCAUGGAUGCAUAGCCCGUUCCAUCAUAGCACAUGCAUAUCGUCUUACAGACGAUAGCGCGCCGACUGCCCGGCUGAGACUUCUCGGGUAUAAAAAGCUGUGGUUCAGGACGGCAAGGUCAGUCAGCAUAGCUCUUUCGACAAUCAUCCUCUGGUACACAAUAUUAAAACCAACAACUGAAAAGAUACACCAGUCUAUGGCAGCCAGUAACAAACACACUUCUAAUCUCACCUCCAUGUUUGAUCAAGCGGGAAUGAGACCUUUCGCGGGACACACUCUCCCCGAGAACGCACAAGAUAAGUUCUUCUUCAUGCCAUGGGAUCAGUACAUGAGCAUGCCCGAAGAGUACCUGUCUAGUCUCAGCAUGUUCCCAGACGCUGGAAAUAUUGGGGCCCACCACGACGAUACCGGACUUAUAGCUGACAUGCUCCAAUCCUAUGCUGAAGUGUCAUGUACGCCCGCUGCUGAACCUAACAGUACUCAAGGUGUGCAAUCUGUCUCAGAUCUAUCAUUGCCUCUCGACACGGAGGGUCCUCCGAAGAAGGAUGUAGUCAUGGUACUACAAGCUGCUGGCAACAAGGAGGCAUGCUUGAGCAACAGCCAGAAGCUCGAACCGAACGGCGAUCGCGAGUGUGGCGCCAGGAGACAAGUGGCCACCAAUGACACCUUGUUGGAGCUAAGUCUAGGAGAGACCGAUCAAUUGAUAGACAAAGCUACUUCGCCAGAAGAAAAGCAAGCUCUUCAGAAACAGAAACGACGUACUCAAAAUAAGCUGAAUGCAGAAAUUGAAUGGGCAGGACUGGAGAGGAAGAUUGGGGCUUUGCUCACACGACAGUCUGAGCUUGAAGAACAAGUACUUCUCUUGGAAAGGCAGACGAGCAUGCUCAGUCUGCAGAACGAUAUACUUAUGCAAGAGAAUACUGGCUUAGUAGUACGGUAUGCAAGUCAAUCAGGCCAAAUGCAGAUAACAUGCCAUGUGUCAACGAAAGGUGCGAUAAAGAAAGAACCAGAAUCACGAAACUGGGUAGAAUCUGUUAAAAGGCACAUAUUCUGGAACUUAUAUUUUAUGGCCGACUGGGCGGUAAUCGACGCGCCCAACGCGACCAUGAACGCGACGGCAGUCGUUCAGCUUGGAUCAGGUUUGACAGCGAAUUCUGUCAUCCAACACAGCACACUGCACAGCGAAUUAGCAGCUGUCAACCCGGACAGCUUUGGGCGCAGGAACCAUUUUCGGAAUCACGCUGAAAAUGAUUUAUGUCAUAGUGGUUGCUCUGUUGUAUGGCGAUUGUGUCUGAUUUUCUCACUGAGCAGCACGAAGAGGCAACUUGUCUCAAGUAUACAUUUCAUUUCCUACGCCCAGUCAACGCCACAUGAAGCGACAUCUUCGUUUUUGGAAAGCCUUGCGGUAUUUAAGGACGAGGAGCCGCCUGGCAAAGUCUUGAUGUAG